AUGCCACUCUGCGGCUCAAGUUCGGCGAGUGUUGGUGGCUUUGCCAAGAAACCAAUCCAAAGAAAAAUAGUGGUCUGUGGAGAUGGUGGAUGUGGGAAGACGAGCUUGUUGAACGUCUUCACAAGGGGUUUCUUUACCCAAGUCUAUGAGCCAACAUUCGAGAACUACGUACAAGAUGUCAAGUCGAUGACCAACUGGUUGAACUCUCACUGUGGGACACGGCUGGUCAAGAAGACUUUGACAUUGCGAUCACUAUCAGGAGGUGCUAGAGCAUUGCCCAGGGUCAAAAUAGUUCUAGUAGGGAUGAUCCGGUGGUCCGAGAUCGUCUCUCGAGGUUUGGAUCACGUCCAGUUAUCUAUGAAGAGGGACUUGCAAUUGCUCGACGAAUACGAGCGAGUCGAUACCUCGAAUGUUCAUCCAAUAUAA